AUGUACUUAUUUCCGUCACAAACAUUUACCUUGGGUUAUAGUAAAAAUUCCAUGAUGGAAUUAUAUGAAAGUGCCGAUGAGUUUGUACAGAGUGAUGACAAUGGUUUCGUAGGUUCAUCGUCUUCGUUUACAAUUACAGAAUCAACAGAAUUAAUAGAAUUGACAAGAAAUAAGAAGGGAGCUGAGAUUUCUAAAUCAAUCGAGCAACAAUCUCAUUCUGAAACAUCUCAAACGCCGCGUCGAACCAAUUCUGCAAAUAUGAAAAUGACUGACAAUAAGAUUAAGAAAGAAACAACAAUCGAAUCGAGGAAGAAACCUAAUAAAGGCGAAUUUUUUGAAAUUAUUUUCGGAAACUAUAUGAAAGACAAAGAUGGUAAUAAACGGGAUCCGCGUCAUGAAGGCUCUAAUUUGUCUGAACCAGGAACCCCAAAGAGUUUGCGUAGUAUUUCAAUCCAAACCAUUCACACAAAACCACCGCGUUCUUCUCGAAAUCAACAAACAUGUGUAAAGAAGCUCAAUGAAGCUUCUGCCCAAACAGAUUCACAAAUUGAAUGCAGUAGCGUAUUGGUACAACAUAAUGAUGUAUCAGUACAAACCGAUAAUAUUCCUAUUCUGAAAGAAAUGAAAAAAACGCGUACGGUGGGCAUUCAGGCAAUGAAGAAAGUGUGUGACGUUGCUGUUCAAACGGAAAAAAAUGAUAAUCAAACCUUUACUAUUGAUUCAAAUCAAUUAAAAUCAGUUUUCACGGAACAACUUGGACCAGAACUGGCAAUCCAAUUGAAAAAAAUUUUGAAUUCACCUGAAUUAAAGUCAAUUCUUAUGGAACAACUCGGUCCUCAAUUGGCAACUCAAUUAAAAAAAACUAUUCAUUCUGAUGGAAUUCUUCCCACUUCUACUUCGAACAAAAAAUUUAAAUUGGAAGAUAUCAAAUCGGUAAAUACUAAAUCCGAAAAUUCAAAAGCAGAAAAUAGUAAAUUAGAAAAAACCAAAUCCAAAAAUACAAAAAAUGCUGCUACUUCAACAGAAUCAUCUGAUGUGUUAAGUGAUACAAGCCGCAAAUUGACAUCAAUUAAAAACGGUACAAUCAACAAAUCAAUACUAAAUAAAAACGAUACCAACAACAUAUCAUCAGCACCAAUUAAAAACGAUGCAAGGAAUUUAUUAUUUACAACACCAAGUAAAUUUGAUGCUGGAACAUCAACAUCGAGUAAAAAUGAUACGAGCAAGAUAUCACCAUCAAAUAAACCAAUCCCCAAAGGUUUUAACGAAGAUUGGCAAAUAUAUUCUAUUUCUAAUGGAGACGAAGAUGCGUGGGGUACGGGAUUAUUAGAAAAAUCCUCGAAUAUUGAUUCUUCCCUUCCUAAAGAAAGGGAUAAGUUUGAUUCUAAUAUAAGUUUAUUAAAUGGGUCAAAUGAUUGGGAUUCGGUUGAUGAUGACAAUAUCACGUGGUCAUCUCAAUCACCGACUAAUCCAAUUAAUAUCAAUUCAACAACUAAUAAUUCCUCUGUGCAAAAUUCCUGCCAAAAAGAAUCCAAUGCAUCAAAAUCAGAUUAUCGACAGACAACAUCAAAUUCAUACGCAAGAGAUAUUUCGGAAUCAAGGAAUAAUUCGAGAUCAGGAAAUAUUCCACAUUCAAGCGAUAUCUCGGAAUCAAGAAAUAAUUCACAAGCAAGAGAUACUUCACAAUCACAAACACGAGAUAUUUCACAAAUAUCAGAACGGUCACAAACUAGAAGCAUUUUUAAUUCUUCAAAACCACCAGAAUCCAAUAAUAAUUCUAAUAAUUCCGAAUCUUUCGUGAUAAAAAGAAAAUCGAAAGAAAUACAGACUGAUAUGAACAUAAGCCCCGACUUAAUGAAUGCAUCUACACAAAGUUCAACAAUAUUGAAACCUUCCAUAAUGAAUUCUAAGUGGGCUGACGAAAACCUCAAUCAACAAACUUUUAAUAAUAAUAAUCAAAGUUCGAAUAGGAUAAACCAACACGGAAAUAGAAAUACAAAUCACUUUAGAAGUGAUGAUUAUAAGGAGAAUUUACAUUGUUCUGAAUCUACACGUACCGAAAAUAUAUCUUUUAACGGUCUUUUAUCAAGCACCCAUAACAUUUCCCGAAAUGUAACUGAUCCCAAUUCAUCUAAUCAUAGAGAAUACAAUGAAAACCGAUGCCAAAAUUGUUAUAAGACCGGUCAUCAUUAUUCUAAAUGUGCUCAACAAAAGGGAAUGGGCCAUUGGGAAUCGAGGGAACGUGAAGAACCCAAAAGUGCGAACCCAUCAAAUAUCCUAAGAAGUUGUGUCCGUGUUAUCAGAGACUGUAGACCAUCAGAAAUAUCACCAAAAGAGGCAUGGGAAAAGCUUAUUCAAGCAGAUCAAGAUGAUUUUCGAAAUUGUUUCGAAGAAUAUGCCAAAGCUUCACCAAACGAAACAUUCCAAUUGAUAGAAGAAAAAUUAAGAAAAAUCAAGUCUAAGGCAAGAAUUAUGGCCGUAGAACGUGAGAUUCCACAAAAUAAAUGUUUAGUAGAUCUCCAAGGAAAUGCUGGCAAAAAAUACUACGCUCAAAUACUUUUUCUUAAUUCUCAGCGACCCGUUCCGGGAAAUAUUGCAGGUAGCGCAGAAGAAAAUUUUACGUGGUUAGCUGAUGCAGGAUUUAUGUGUGAUGAUCCGACACCUUUUUGUCCUGGUUGUAAAAGCAAGGGUCAUUGGAAAGCUGAUUGUCCUGAUCCAAAACCUGAAGAACCUCAUCAAAAAAUGGGAUGCAAUUAUUGCAAAUCCCUUGAACACGAUUCAAAGUAUUGUGAUUCCCGCGAUCGUCUUUACAAGCCAAAAUGUUAUUCUUGUAAUGAAUCUGGGCACGUAACGAGAUCUUGCAACCGUGAAAAAAACAAAAAUCAUCAAAAUCAUCAAAUUAAUAAUCAUUCACAAAAUUAUGACAGUCGGGAUGGUCGAAAUAACAGUAAUAACGGCGGGAUUUACAAAGUUGGAAAUAAUGGUGAUUCAAUUAAGCGAAGCGAGAGCAGAGAUGCUUGGGCACCCGGUGGAAGUAUUUAUAAGUGA